AUGCUGCAAAGAAAAAAGCAAUGGAGAAAGAAAAAGUACAAGGAAGAAGUAGAAAAAGCGAUCAAAGAAGGUAGGGUUUGGGAUGUGAUAAACAAGGAAAGAGAAGGAAAGAAAGAAGUGAAUGAAGAAAUAGAAUUGGGGGAAUGGACAGACUAUUUCAAGGAUCUGUUCGGGGGAGAACAAAACAGGAUGAUAGGGGAAAAUAGAAAGUUAGUACAAGGAGAAAUGGAGGUAGGAAAUAGAAUAACAACAGAAAGAAGAGGAACUGAUAUAAAUAUUCAGGGUAUUCAUAACACAGUCAGUAGUGAUAGUAAAGUUCAUUUAGAAAAUUUUUUAGAAAUGGGGCCCUCCAUUCUCUUAAUAUUUUUUUCAGUAGUAAUACUUUCAGUUUCUACAAAAGCCUACGUUAUUCCCGAUAAUCAAGUGUCACCAUCCUGUGGAUAUAAGGCAUGCGCAAAAGUCGAUCCGAAAAAACUAAAUAUCCACAUUGUACCGCACACUCAUGAUGAUGUUGGGUGGUUAAAAACAUUUGACCAAUAUUACUAUGGAGGUCAUGAUCAGGAACACAAUACAGGUGUUCAGUAUAUUCUCAAUUCGGUAAUAAGAUCUUUGCAAGAAAGUCCAGAUAGAAGAUUCAUUUAUGUGGAAUCAGCAUUUUUUUUCAAGUGGUGGGACCAGCAAAAUGAAAAAAUAAAGACAAUUGUUCGAUCCUUAAUUAAUGAAGGAAGACUCGAAAUAAUUGGUGGAGGUUGGAGCAUGAAUGAUGAAGCAGUGACCCACUAUCAGUCUAUAAUUGAUCAAUUUUCUUGGGGUUUUAGGAGAUUGAAUGACACCUUCGGACAAUGCGCGAGGCCAAAGAUUGGAUGGCAAAUUGAUCCUUUCGGACACUCAAGAGAACAGGCAUCAAUGUUUGCUCAAAUGGGUUUCGAUGGUCAACUUUUUUCCCGUAUUGAUUAUCAAGAUAGAGGUCAACGACACAGUAGAAAGACAGCAGAAUUCAUUUGGAGGGGUAGUCCCAGUUUAGGUGAGAAUGCGAAUUUAUUCACAUCCGUACUUAACCAAUAUAGUGCACCGGAUGGUUUUUGUUUCGAUAUUACUUGUAAAGAUGAUCCUUUGGUUGACGACCCCGAUAGUCCAGAGUAUAAUAUACACCGAAAAGUGGAUCAAUUUUUGAACUAUGUCCAAAGUCAAGCAAAUUCCUACAAGACAAGUAAUAUUUUAAUUACUAUGGGAAACGAUUUUAAUUACCAAAAUGCUGACAUGUGGUACACUAAUUUGGAUAAACUCAACAAAUAUAUUAAUUUGCGAAAAGGAACGGAAUAUAAUUCAAUUUAUUCAACUCCGUCUUGUUACAUAAAAGCUAUAAAUGAAGAAAAUUUAUCGUGGUCAUCAAAAAGUGAUGAUUUCUUCCCUUAUGGCAGUGAAUGGAAUGCAUAUUGGACUGGUUACUAUACUUCUCGGCCAACGAUUAAAUUUUUCGAAAGAAUGGGGAACAACUUUUUACAAGUCGUAAAACAGCUUUCAGUUGUAAGCAAUGAGCCAGAUAACUUGGGAUUGAUUAAAUUCCGCGAAGCCAUGGGCGUUUUACAACAUCACGAUGCGAUUACAGGAACAGAAAAACAAUUGGUGGCACAUGAUUAUGCUCGACUUUUAUCCAAAAGUAUAAAAGAUGGGGAGAAAAUUAGUUCCCAUACCUUGAGAAAAAUGAUACGAAAUGGAAAAAAAUCCGAGAGCCAAGAUUCUCUAGAAUUCUAUUCUUGUCCAUUACUAAAUAUUAGUUCCUGUGAGCACACAGAAAUUAAUAAAAACUUUGUAGUUACCGUAUACAAUCCGACGAGUCAGCCUCUUAAAACUUUUAUUAGACUUCCCGUCAAGGAAAACUCUUAUCAAGUAACAGAUUACGCAGACGGAAACGAAGUCGCAACACAAACAGUACCAAUUUCGACAACUGUUAAAAAAAUUCCGGGUCGGAAAACUACUGCUUCAUACGAACUUGUAUUUCUGGCAAAUGGAAUACCUCCUUUGGGCUAUUUGUCAUAUUAUGUUAGCAAAAUUGACGAGGAAGAUCGAGCUCAGGUGAACGAUUUAACUGACAAUACAAAUAGGCAUGCAUCAAAGAAGGCAUAUAGUAUCAGUGUUGAUACAACUGGGAAAGUUCUUAUCGAAUCUAACAUUCAAAAAGGAAUUAAGCUAACACAAUCAAUCUAUUACUAUGAAGGAGUCGUAAGUGAAUACCCUGGAAAGUGGAUGCCUGGAAAUAACGGUCGUGCUUCUGGUGCCUAUAUCUUUAGACCAAAUGUAACUACAGGAAUCAGAGAUUUUCCCUAUGAUGGAUCUGUCCAACUAUUUAGAGGUCCUUUGGUGGAUGAGCUUCAUCUGACCAUGAACGAGUGGAUCAGCCAAGUUGUUAGAGUUUACGAGGGAGAAGAAAGAAUCGAAUUUAGCUGGCUUGUUGGUCCUAUUGAUAUCAAUGACGGUAUUGGAAAAGAAAUAAUAACUAAAUAUACAACAGACUUCCAAUCAAAUGGCGAAUUUUUAACAGACAGCAAUGGUCGAGAAAUGUUACAACGAAAGAGAAAUAAACGACCCACAUGGAAGUUAGAUCUCCAAGAGCCAGUUGCUGGAAAUUACUAUCCAGUAACAACAAAAAUUUCCCUAAGCGAUGAAGAAAGAAAAUUAAAAAUGGCUAUUCUUACUGACAGGGCACAAGGAGGCAGUAGUUUGAGGGAUGGUGAAAUUGAAUUGAUGGUUCACAGACGGUUAUUGUGCGAUGAUAAUUUUGGUGUCGACGAGCCCUUAAAUGAAACUGCUUAUGGAAUGGGAUUAGUAGCUAGAGGAGAACAUUCUGUGUUAAUUGGAACUCAGACCGAUUCAUUCGUACUUCAGGAAAAAAAUGAGGCUCUGAGGUUAUCCCUUCGACCCUGGAUUUUUAUCACUCCUCUUAAAGCCACAUCAUAUGAUGAUUGGAAGGCAAAUUAUAAGAUGCAUAGUUUUGGCCUGGCUAAAAAGUUGCCUCCCAACAUUCAUAUCUUGACUCUAGAACCCUGGAAAGAUGGAAGUAUUUUAUUGAGACUCGAGCAUAUCUUUGAAGCAGGCGAAUCAGUCAAAUAUUCUAUACCAGUUACAAUAAAUAUACAGAACCUAUUCUCAGAUUUCACCGUAACUGCAGUUCAUGAAACAACAUUGGGUGGUAAUCAGUGGUUGGAAGAUAUGGAGCGUCUCAAAUGGGUUCCCGAUAAAGACUAUGUAGUAGGAAACAAUUAUACUCUGCAUUUUAUCAAUACUAAAAUCGGAAACGAGAUGGAAGUGCUAUUGAUGCCAAUGCAAAUUCGUACUUUUGUUGUAAAUGUCUUACCACGUCUCAGUAAUACUAAGUCCAAAUAUAUGUAA